AUGGCUGUGAUGGAGAUCAGUGUUUGGAGAUGGUUUAUUCUAGUCCUUCUCUUCUGCUUUGCAGAUGGACAGGAUUUAGCGCCUGUGGUGUUUGCGGAUACUGGCUCAUUAAGUCCACCUGAUGGACUGAUCUCAGGGCCGCUCUUCAUGGUGACGUUUCCUUCACUGAUCGAGUCCGGAUCUGACACCAAACUGUGUGUUAGCCUUCUGAAGCACACAGGGAGUCUCACAAUGACCAUUUCUCUGGUCGAUGACAAAAACGCAGAAACCGAACUUGUGCGUCAGACGACACGGAGGAAGCUUCACCAAUGUUUUACUUUCCAGGCUCCUCAAGUAAAUGGAGAUUCAGUGCAGACGGUGAGGGUGGUUGUUCAAGGACAGUCCUUUAAAAUGACUGAGGAGCGUAAAGUGAUGUUCAGGUCUUACCUGCCUCUGACCUUCAUCCAGACAGACAAACCACUCUACAAUCCAGGACAGACAGUGAAUAUUAGAGUUGUUACCAUGAGUGAUCAAUUUGUGCCUCAAGACCAAAUGUACAGUCUGGUGGUGCUAGAGGACUUUCAUGGUAUCCGGAUCCGUCAGUGGGCCAAUAUUUCCUCCAUAAACUGGAUUUUGGAGCUUUCUCAUGUCUUGAACCCAGAAGCUCAGAUUGGGACGUACACACUUAAGGCUUAUAUUGGUGACCGAAUCAUCUCCCAGAGUUUUGAUGUGAAACAAUACGUCUUGCCCAAGUUUGAUGUGACCGUAAACGCACCACAGACGUAUAGUGUUGCAGAUGUGGGACUGAAAGUUGAGGCUUGUGGAAAAUACACCUAUGGACAGCCUGUACCUGGUCAAGUAGUUGUGGAAGUAUGCCGUCAGCCAUUUCUCUAUAUUCAGGAUCCUAAAGUGACCAGUGUGUGUCUGAGUAAAUCUACUAAGACGAACGACACUGGCUGUGCCUCACUAACACUCAGUACAUCAUCGUUUUUUGGCACCAGUCUUGAGAGUAACCUUCAAAAUUCCUUCGUUGUUAAUGUCAACGUCACUGAGGAGGGAACAGCUGUUGUCAUGUCAAAAUCCACAACGGUGUCCAUUACAUUUGAGGUUGGCAAGGUCACAUUUGUGGAUCUCCCAAAGUUCUAUGAUUAUGGGUCAACUGUGAAUGGGAAGAUCGCCGUUUCUGACUUUAAAGGUAACCCAAUCAAUAGCAAGUCAGUUUAUGUCCUGGACAGCAGCAUAUGGCCCAACAAACUGCUGUUCAAUUUGACCACAAACAAGAACGGAUUUGCCAAGUUCUCCCUUGACACCACUGGUUUCCCUAAAGCUGAUCUGAAUCUUGUGGCAAGUGCAACUCCACAGCCUUAUUUUAAUUACAAUUCGCCAUACUUCACUACAGAUACAAGGCUGGUUCAGCUUUUCCAAACUGCUGCUCCUGACAACCCAACCUUUAGUGAUCUGUCUAUAGUGACACUUGAGCAGCCUCUGAAGUGUGGCACCACUUAUCCAGUGACUGUCAAGUAUUCAUUUGUUGGAGAGACUGGCGACUACAGUGCUGACAUCAUCUAUAUGGUCAUGUCCAGAGGAGUGAUCAUUCUACAUGGCUUUAAAUCUGUUCAAGCUCUGGCUUCUAAUACCUUCACCAACGGCACAGUCUCGUUUGAUCUCUCAAUUCUUGCCAAUAUGGCUCCGAUGGUGCAGAUUCUGGCCUUCUGUGUUCUGCCUAGUCAGACUGUAGUGGCUGGUAGUGCAUCUUUUAACACUGAGAAGUGCUUCUCAAAUCGGGUUUCUCUGCAGUUCUCUCCUGCUACAGCUGUUCCUGGAGAGGGAAGUCUUCUGACCAUCUCUGCUCAAGCAGGAUCUCUGUGUGGCCUCAGUGCUAUAGAUCAGAGUGUCCUGAUCAUGCAGUCAGGAGGACGUCUGAACGCAGAGGCGGUAUUUGGUUUACUCCCAGUGCAAUCACUGUAUGAUUAUCCACCUGGUGUUGAAGAUGCACAGGACUGCCUGCAAGUUCGACCACGUCGAGCUGUUCCAACAGAUCAGGCUUAUAACACCUUCAAGGGUGUGGGGAUCAAAGUUGCAACAAAUCUGCCAGUUCGAGAACCUCAGUGCCUCACAUACAGGGGGCUGAAUUUCUAUCGCAACUUCCGUGGUCCUGUGUUUUUUGCCAUGGAUAAAGUUCUUGCUGCUCCUCCUCUAGCAACAUCAGAAAUUGCUGGCUCCCCUUCUGGUUCCCCUGUUGAUGUGACCGUUAGAACGUUCUUUCCAGAAACUUGGAUUUGGCAACUCACUCUAGUGGGAGACUCUGGGUCCACAUCAGUUCCCCUCACAGUUCCUGAUACAAUUACUACAUGGGACACCGAGGCCUUCUGUCUGUCGUCCAAUGGUUUUGGUCUGGCUCCACCACUUCUGUUGACUGCCUUCCAGCCCUUCUUCCUAGAGCUCACCCUGCCUUACUCCAUAAUCCGUGGGGAGGUUUUUGAGCUGAAGGCCACAGUCUUCAACUAUCUGUCCCAAUGCAUCAAGGUUCAAGUGACUCCAACGCCAUCUUCCAACUUCACUCUUAAAUCUCUUAAUGAUCAGUCUUCAUCCACUCUCUCUGCCAAUGGGAGAAAGACCUUCAAAUGGGCUUUAACUGCUUCUGUUAUUGGAACUGUAAAUGUGACCAUCAGUGCCCAGGCCAACCCAUCCCAGGAACUGUGUGGUAAUCGGGUUGUCACCGUACCAUCAAGAGGACGCAUUGACAUAGUCACUCGAAGUCUGCUGGUUCUGGCUGAAGGAGUCAAAAGGACUUUCACCCGGAGUUGGUUGCUCUGUCCAAAGGGAAGCAUGCUUUCAGAAAAUGUGAGGAUAACCUUUCCAAAAAAUGUCAUCCAGGGAUCGGCCAGAUGCUCCGUAUCAGUCAUUGGGGACAUAAUGGGUCGUGCACUGAAUAAUCUGGCUAAUUUGCUACAGAUGCCUUAUGGCUGUGGAGAACAGAAUAUGAUCAUUCUUGCUCCCAAUAUUUACAUCCUACGGUAUCUGAAAGUAACUGCACAGCUCACCCCAACCAUCCAAGACACUGCCAUGAGUUAUCUUCAGAGUGGAUAUCAAGGAGAGCUGAACUACAGGCACAGUGAUGGUUCAUUCAGCACUUUUGGUUAUGAUGAAUCUAAUACAUGGUUGACCGCCUUUGUCAUGAGGACUUUUGGUCUAGCGAGGAGCUUCACCUACAUAGAUCCCAAUGUUCUUCAGAGUGCAAAGGACUGGUUGAUAAGCAAGCAGGGUUCAAAUGGCUGUUUUGUGCAGCAGGGCACUCUGUACCACAAUGACAUAAAGGGUGGAGUUGGUGAUAACGUGACCAUGACUGGCUACAUUGUUGUAGGACUGCUUGAAAUGGGAGUCCCUGUCACGGAUCCUGUCAUUACGAAGGCACUGUCAUUUUUGAGGCCUCUUGUUGGGAAUCUGGGAAACACUUAUGUAACUGCUCUGCUCGCUUACACCUUCAGUCUGGCUGGAGAGACCAACACUCGAGCACAGCUUUUAAGCGCACUGAGAAACGUGGCAAUUUCUGAAGGUACUACACUCCACUGGUCUCAGACUACAUCCGGGGAUACACUAGCAGUGGAGAUCAGUGCAUAUGUGCUGCUAGCAGUUCUCACUGUACAGCCUGUGACCACUGCUAACCUGGGCUAUGCUAACCGCAUUGUCAACUGGCUUGUGGCCCAGCAGAAUCCCUAUGGUGGUUUCACCUCCACUCAGGACACCGUGGUGGCUCUUCAGGCUAUGGCUUUAUAUGCUAGUCUCGUGUUCAGUUCUGGAGGCUCCAGCACAGUCACAGUUCAGUCCUCUGUGCCAGCAGGAGAUGUUUACAACUUUGCUGUAACUCCCAACAACCGCUUGCUGUAUCAGGAGAAUCCACUGAACAACUUUCCAGGCACAUAUAGUGUUGUAGCAUCUGGAUCCACUUGUGUGUCAGUGCAGGUUGCCUGUUUUUACAACAUACCGACUCCUGUUGUGGUUGCCAAAACAUUGAGUGUUGUUGCGAAGGUGACUGGAAACUGCCAGGCGUCACCAGUCAAUCUGAUGUUGACCUUCACAGUGAAAUACGCUGGUCCAAAACCAACUACUAACAUGCUUCUGGUGGACAUCAAGGUGUUGUCAGGAUUCACUGCAGACACCUCACUGCUUGGCUCUCCACCCAAUUUCUCUCCAUUAGUUCAGAGGGUUGAUCCUGAAGGUGAUCGUGUGCUUGUCUAUCUACAAGAGGUUCCCAAAGGUGUCCCAGUGACCUACAGUAUACAGCUGACACAGACUGUUGCAGUGAAGAAUCUCAAGCCAGCAGUCAUCAAUAUUUAUGACUAUUAUCAGAGAAAUGACAGUUUUGAGACUACAUACACUUCUGUCUGUUCAUGAUAGUGAUCUUUCAGUUCUGGCUACUUGAUGCAUUUUGAAAAUAAAAGUCC